GCGGAUGGCACCAGUCGAUAUUGACACACGUACACAAAAUGGACGAUUUGGAGGUUCCGUCUCUUCGCUCUCUCAGCGAUUUUCUCCUAGAAUCGGCUCGGUUCUCUACGCCUGCUAUAAACGACCCUUCAAGAUGGGCCAACCGUGUUAUAGACAACCUUUUGUACUAUCAAACCAACUACUUUUUGACUGCAGUACUGGUAUUUCUGAUAGUUGGGACUAUGAACCCCAAAGCCAUGCUGAUGGGCCUCCUCACUAUGGUCGUCAUCUUUGCCAUCUUCGUCUACACCACCAGUAACCGGGUGGAGAUGCACAGAUUCAAGCGGAGCCAUCCCUUUGUCUGCUUCCUCCUGAUCCUGCUGUGCUGCUUCUUGUUGCUCAAGGUGUUUGGUGGGCUGCUGGUGUUCAUGUGGGGCAUCGCCCUCCCACUAGCAAUGAUCUUCAUCCACGCCUCGCUGAGGAUGCGCAACCUCAAGAACAAGAUGGGCAAGAAGCUGGAAUCGCUGGGCCUGAAGCGGACGCCCAUGGGUAUCCUCCUCUUCCAACUAGGGUUGGAGGAGCAAGCACGCUCCUGACUAGGCAAACUAAAGAAAGCACACCAAAGAAAGGAAAGCCCCAUCUGCAAAUUGCGGCAAAAUUUCCAAAAGGGUCUUGGCCGAUUAGUUACUGGCUGUUUGAAAGUACUUUAAAGCAAU